GUCACGCACGUGAGUUGUCAGUGUUGUCUGAGAGAAGAGUGCCCCCAGGAUAGGAGGACAGGAUGCUUCGUCUGCGCUGCAAGGCCAAGAAUGGGACGCACCUGAUGCAGGGCCUGACCCACCACUCGUGCGUGCAGGAGCUGAAGCACAAGGUGGAGGAGCUGACAGGCAUCCCCUGCCACGUGCAGAAGAUCAUGGUGGGCUACCCUCCCUCCAGCCUCGACCUCCGCGACGGAGACGCCAGCCUGCAGGACUACCCCAUCAAAUCAGGUGACACACUCAUCGUAGAGGAGGAGAAGAACAAGCCCAAGGCCCCGUCACAGGCCACGUCGCAGCCUCAGCCUCAGCCCCAGACCACCACAAACACGCCAACGCCCGCCCCUGCCAACACCCCCGCGGGCACCCCCGCCGCUGCCAACUCCAACGCCCCCGCUGCCAAGGUGACCCCUCUCCCCACACUGCUGCCUCCGCAGGAUGCCGUGCCCACCCUGGAGCGGCGCGUGGUGCCCGCCGACAACUCCUGCCUGUUCACCAGCGUGCACUACGUGGUGGAGGGCGGAGUGUACGAUCCGGCGUGCGCUCCGGAGAUGCGCGGCCUGAUCGCCCAGAUCGUGGCCAGUGACCCGGCGGCCUACUGCGAGGCGGUGCUGGGCAAAACCAACGAGGAGUACUGCACCUGGAUCCGGCGCGACGACACCUGGGGCGGCGCCAUCGAGGUCUCCAUCCUCUCCAAGUUCUACCAGUGCGAGAUCUGCGUGGUGGACACGCAGACGGUGCGCGUGGACCGCUUCGGCGAGGACGCGGGCUACGGCAAGCGCGUGCUGCUCAUCUACGACGGCAUCCACUACGACCCGCUGCAGAAGGCGCUGGCCGGCUCGGACGCGCCGCCCCAGACCGUCUUCUCCACGCACGACGACGUGACCCUGGCCAUGGCCCUGGAGCUGGCCGACGAGGCGCGCCGCAAACGGCAGUUCACGGACGUCAACCGCUUCUCGCUGCGCUGCAUGGUGUGCCAGCAGGGCCUGGUGGGACAGAAAGAAGCACGGCAACACGCCAAGGAGACUGGGCACACCAACUUUGGGGAGGUGUGAGGAGGAGGAUGGAGGAGAAGGAUGGAGAUCAGGGUUGGGGGUUAGGGUGGCAGAAAGUUCUAGAAAACAAAACAAGGGGUGUAUUCAAAGAACCUGGCUUAGAAAUUAACCUUGUGGUAGUGGUAAAUCAUCUAAUAGAAGAGCCUGGAGUCCUCAUUUUCUUAACUACAUGACGCCUGUGGGACUAUCUAUUAGCAGAUUUGCCACUUGUAUGAUAACUUAGCCAGGUUUACCCAUAGAGGAACAUAAGACUUGCGGUGUCACGCCCCCAAUUGUCACAGCUAUUCUGGCUGCCAUUAUUUGGAGGUAAACCUAUGCAAUGUAAAUGAAUGGAGAAGGAACCCACCUCUGUCAAUAAAUGGCUUCAUAAUGCUAAAAAUUCAACUCACUAUACAAUUCUACAAUAGUAGAAAUGUGCUGCUAAAUAUCUCCCUAACUGCUAUGAAUUGAUUUUGAAUAUGAUUCUAAAAUACAUUUUAUUGAUUCGUAUGAUGAUUUGAGUAGAUAUUUAGCCUAACAUUUCAAAUCUGGUCCGUGUCAUUUUCACAUUCUUAUGGUUUUAUUUAUUGACAGAGCUGGGGGCGUGGUCUCCAUGGGUUUGCAUUGAAUAAAGAACACAGGUCUACCUAGUACCUACACAAUAUAGACACUGCGCUUGCUGUUUUCCAGCAUUGUCGUGAAUUGCCGUAACACCUCUAGCCUUAUGGUUUACCUCUAUGCGUUUAUCACUUAACCAUGCUCUUAGAAUACCCCCAGGGUCUGAGAAUGACACCUGGGUUGCAAAUCAAGUUCUUCCCCACUGCCUGUUUCUUUGGACUCUACCCUCAUGAUGCGAGCCUCAACUUCAUAAAUUAGCAACGUUUUUAUUCAAUACCUCGCAAAAACAAUCUUCAGUUAUCCUCCAAAUUAUUCUCUUAUUCGCGUCAAGGAUAUUGAAUGCAGGGAAAUCCGCAAAGGCAAGAGGCCGGAGGAAAGGACGACACUAAUGACAUGGACGUGCUGCCUUGAUGAUGUCCAUACGACGGACGCCACCAUCCAACUCUUUACUUUCCAUUCCUUUGCUCCCUCAUGCUCACACUCACAACCCUCCCCACCACCCCUUAUCCUGCCCUCCUCUCCUCUCCUCUCCUCUCCUCUCCUCUCCUCUUCUCUCCCAACCUUAACCUCAGAUCUCUACACAGCCACCCAACCACCCCCAGCUCCACCGCAUUUCCUGCUGACCACAACUUCCUCACCACACAACAGAACUCUUCUUUGUCCAGACCCCCUGCUCCCUGCUACCUGACUACCUGUUCCAGUGUGUUUGUAUGUGUGUGUCUGCGAGCGUUCAGUCCUCUACCUCACGUAAGCCCAGCAAAAGCCAAGAGAUACUCUUACCCAACCCCCCCACAGUCCACACUGUCUGGUCCCGCCACGUCAGUAUUAAAAAGCAAGAAAGAAAGAGACAAAAAUGAAACUAUUUCCCCCCCUGUAAUCCUCCUCCGGGGGUGCGAGACUGCUGUUUUAAAUGUUCCUGUGGUGUCUUAGUUUUUGGUAAAUCAGCUCAGUAUUGUAAGCUAACACAAAUCACACACAGUUUCACACUUAACUAGUGCGGAACCGUCUUAAAGGAGAAGUCCUACCGAUUACAACAUGCAGUUGUGUUGUAUAAUCCCAAUUGUUAUUGCUGUCUUGCUGUGUGUGUGUCUGCUGAGGUUGCCUAACAUUUGGGAUGAUAUUUUUGGAGUAUGUGAAGAACAAACAAUGCCCCCAUCAGAAUGGCCAGGAUCUCAGAAAGGGCUGAGCAAAAAAAAAAAUGUCGUCAUCAGGUACUGGGUGAAGGGUAGCAAUUGAACUGCAUGUUGAAAUGGGCAGGAGUUCUCCGUUAAGGUGGUUCAAGCAAUGUAUGCAGACAUCUAGAUGGAGAGAAUAGGUUUCAGUGGAAGCCAAAACAAACACAACAAACACACACACACACCCACACAGCUUUCAUUUGUUUUUUCACACAGAAGGCCUUUAUCGAAAGCAUCUCACAAACACUCCUGUGGCACUACUUCACAACUGCAGCCGUCGCGGCUGUCUGCGUGUGCGUGUGUGUGUGUGUGAGUGCGUGAGUGCGUGCGUGCGUGUGUGCGUGCGUGUGUGUGUACGAGAGAGUUAUUUGUCGUGUUUUUGGACUCUAAAGAGCCAUCUUGGCAGGUGGGUUGGAUGCUCUUCAUAGGUUCUCAGUAUCUGUCGGUACACUAAUUACUGUUACUUGAAAAUACUUAAAUAAAUAGUCACUGAAGAUAAAAGAAAACUUGGGAUUGUAGUGAGUAGAUGGGCAAUAACUAGCUUUAAAUGGCAUCAUUUGUUUUUUUCUCUGUCUGAAAGAACUUCUAGAAAAUAACUCUUUUAAGUUUACUGGACAAGGGAACAUUAAUGAACUUGCAGCUUUCUUUGAUGCAAAAUCAACAAGGAUGGCAAUGGUGCUACAAGUUAACGUUCUCAUAGUAUUUUUUAAAACUGUUUUAAAUAUUUGGGCUUGGGUCAUGAUGCAAGUGAAGCCAGAGAGUGUUGAUUGAUUGAUUGUUGUUGUUUUUUUAAAUAAUUAUUACUUUUUUGCAGAUCACCAAAAGAUGUCAUGCAGUUUUUUGUUCAAACUUGGAUGAAAUUGUUUUGAGUCGAUUUUAAAUUGAGGGAAAAUAAAGAGUAAUGAUGGUUUGAA